ACUCUAGCUCACACACCUUAUCUUACGCCUCACUCACCUUCAUUGUUUAUUCAUUUAUCAUUUAUCAUUUCAAUAUAAACCCAUCUCAUCGCAUCUCCAUCUUUUCCCCAACUGUCACUCGUCUCUACAAACCUCUAGAAUCAUCUAAUCUUCAUCGAAAAUGGCGACAAAGAAGAGCGUAGGAUCACUUAAAGAAGCCGAUCUGAAAGGGAAGAAAGUGUUCGUGAGAGUAGAUCUCAACGUUCCGUUGGAUGACAACUUGAAAAUCACCGACGACACCAGAGUUCGAGCCGCUGUGCCUACUAUUAAGUAUCUCAAAGAUCACGGCGCUAAAGUCAUUUUGUCUUCUCACUUGGGCCGUCCCAAAGGUGUUACUCCAAAGUACAGCUUGAAGCCUCUUGUGCCAAGACUGUCUGAACUCCUUGGUGCUGAGGUCAAGAUGGCAAAUGACUGUAUUGGUGAGGAAGUUGAGAAACUGGUUGCUGAAAUACCAGAAGGCGGUGUUCUUCUCCUCGAGAAUGUGAGAUUCUACAAAGAGGAGGAGAAAAAUGACCCUGACUUUGCAAAAAAGCUAGCAUCUCUUGCAGAUUUAUAUGUUAAUGAUGCAUUUGGCACUGCCCAUCGAGCACACGCUUCCACUGAAGGUGUGGCUAAAUAUCUGAAGCCUGCUGUUGCUGGUUUCCUGAUGCAAAAGGAGCUUGACUUCCUAGUUGGUGCUGUAUCAAACCCAACGAAGCCAUUUGCUGCAAUUGUUGGUGGUUCAAAGGUGUCAAGUAAGAUCGGUGUGAUCGAGUCGCUGUUGAACAAGGUUGACAUUCUCAUACUAGGUGGAGGAAUGAUUUUCACUUUCUACAAAGCCCAAGGGCUGUCAGUUGGAUCUUCACUUGUGGAGGAAGACAAGCUUGAUCUUGCUACCUCACUGAUGGAGAAGGCUAAGUCUAAAGGGGUAGCACUUAUGCUCCCCUCUGAUGUCGUCGUUGCAGAUAAGUUUGCUGCUGAUGCCAACAGUAAGACUGUUCCAUCGUCUAGUAUUCCUGAUGGCUGGAUGGGUUUGGAUAUUGGACCAGAUUCCAUAAAAACAUUUAGUGAAGCAUUGGAUACUACAAAAACUAUCAUCUGGAAUGGACCUAUGGGUGUGUUUGAGAUGGAAAAGUUUGCAGCAGGAACAGAUGCAAUUGCAAAGAAAUUGGCAGACCUUAGCGCAAAAGGAGUCACAACAAUCAUCGGGGGAGGUGAUUCUGUAGCAGCUGUGGAGAAAGUUGGGCUUGCAGACAAGAUGAGUCACAUCUCAACUGGAGGCGGUGCAAGUUUGGAGCUUCUAGAGGGGAAGGUGCUACCGGGAGUUCUUGCCCUUAAUGAUGCUUGAGCUUAGGGUUGUCAUUGUUUCCUCCCGUGCAUCUUUUUUGCUGUCAAAUUGACUGGGCAUGACCCAGUAGGGAUGUGAACCAAAGUGGAGCUAGUUGUGCUAGUUUAAAUAAAUUAAACAGAAGUUUCUGUUAAAUAUGACCCGGCAUUAAUUGCCUGAGCAAAUUUGGUUUUGACAUAGUGUAUUGGUAUUUGCCAUUCUGAAAUUGAACUGAAUGAUAAGAUGAUGGGUACGUGUCUUGUAUUA